UACUUCUCGGCGUGACCGAUACGCGAACCUUACCAAAGAAACAGGAAAUAAAGAAAAUACCCAUAAAAGGAGUAAAAUCAAGUGAAAGUGCUUUCCAAAUUGAAUUGGCAACAUUUCUCCCGUUCCGGCUGUGCUUCGAUUCCAACCGCCCGCCUAAGAGCACGCUACGUCCAAUGCGCCAGCAGGAAAGUUCGUUUGCAGUGGCGCUGCUGUUGCUGUUGCUGUUAACAGCCGCAUCUGCAGAAUAUGGAGCCACCGAUGUGGAGCCCUCUGCUGUUAGCACCCUGGCGCCGGGCGCAGACGCUCCCAGGAGGAUGGUCAAGCGUGCGCCCACCUCCAGCUUCAUAGGGAUGCGCGGCAAGAAGGAGGAGGAGAAGGAUCAGCGUGCGGCCGAUUGGAUGGGACCCGAUCCCCUGGACUAUGCCGAUAUGGACGAAGACAGCCUCUACUACGAGAACGGGCGGCGGCUCAAGAAGGCCCCCAUGUCCUUUCUGGGCAUGCGAGGCAAGAAGUAUAUACCCAUUAGCAGCCGUCUGUCCAACGUCCUGCAUCAGAUAGAGGAGCAGCGAAUGCACGAUAACCUUCUCCAGGACCUGUUCGAGCGGCUGGCCGCGGGGGACGACAAUGUUGGGGAUGUCGGAAAGCGGGCACCCACCGGCUUCACGGGCAUGCGGGGCAAGCGACCGAUGAGCGGAGACGAUGACAAUGACGAUGAUGCCAUGGAGCUGCUCCAGAAACGGGCUCCGGCCAACUCCUUUCUGGGCGUGCGCGGCAAGAAGGAUGUCUCGCAUCAGCACUACAAGCGGGCGGCUCUGUCAGAGGCCUACGAUGUGAGGGGAAAGAAGGAGCGCUACGCGGACUUCAAUAGCAAAUUUGUGGCAGUGCGUGGCAAGAAAAGUGAGCAGGACACUGGCCUAGACCUGGACACUGGCGAUGGUACCGAUCAGCAGUACCUAGUCCGUCCCUGGCUCUACCUUUGGGGCGAUCAAAAGCGGGCGCCCAGUGGCUUUCAGGGCAUGCGCGGCAAGCGUCCAGCGCUCGUUGAAUAGACGUCGUUCACUUCGUGGGGUGGACAGUGUUUGAAGUUCCUUUUAGAGCUACGAAACUAGGAAAAGAAAGACAGAAUCAGACAAGAAUCAGAGUUACAGACGACGACAAAAGAGUGUUUGCAAUAAUCUCAGGGCUGGCGAUUAUUUCAAACACCCUAUAACCACACACACAAGCACACACACAACACAAGGAAACAAUUGGCUUUGUAGCAUUUUCUUUUGGUGUAAUGUAGCACGAGACUUGAAUUGAAUCCAAAGCCUCCUCAAUCAUUGAUCUAUUUGCAUAUCUAAUUGUAAAAUUCUUAAUCAAAAUUAGCAAAAGAAACUUAAAGCACGAGUGACGAAAACAAAAAACAAAGAACAAAAUUAUUAUACGGGGAACACAUUUAUUUAUUUUCAAAUAUACUAUAUACUUAUAUUUAAACAAAAGUAACUUUCAUUGUGGUACAUACAUCUACGUAUACAAGAGACAUAUAUACAUAUAUAUACAAUACAUAAAAAUAUAGCACAAUUAAAUAUUGUAAAUACUGUAUGGUAACUAAUGAAUGAAUAAACAAUGAUUCCACAA